AUGUUAGUACGAGCGAGCCAAAUAAAAGCGCUUCGUGAAGUAAGAUUAAGAAGAUUCAAAUCAGGAACGAUUGGCAAAGUUUUGAAUUCGAAAAAGGAAAUUGCGGAAGUCUUGAACAAUUCAACAUUUAAUUUACAAGAGGUGUUUUCCAACAAUAAUAAUGAUGUUAAAAUAGAUACGAAAAUAUUGAACAAAGUGCUUAAACAUUCUGGUCUAAAAACAUUUAAUAAAGAAGAAGAACUUGAUUAUAUUAGAGCGCUUGAAUCUCAACUUAAGUUUAUCAAAUUUUUGUAUGAUGACGACAAAGAAUUUGACAGAAAAGAGAAUAGUAAUGAGAGCGUUUUCAGAUUACUUCAUUCUGACCAUCAACCCACGCUGUGUUCAUUAGAACUGGUGUUGGCUGAUAUAAGGGAGUUACACAAACAGAGAGACGAUGAAAAGGGUGAAACAGAUUUUACUUUUUCGAUCAAUCAGCUAAACAAGAAUCAUAAGAAUUAUUUUAUAAUUCAACAAGGUUCAAAAAAAGAAGACUAA